UCCACCAUGGGCGUCUUUGUCAACUCCAACGUCGACUCGGGCAACAUCGACGUCGUGAACAUAAGCAACCCGCUGGACCACGUGACGCAUGAGCUGGAGCUCAAGGUGGGAGGGGACGACAAGCGGGAGCACUUCCAGUGGUUCUACUUCCGCGUCUCCAACUGCGCCCAGGAGACGCUGAACGUGCGCAUCACCAACGCGGGGCAGGCCUCCUACCCGCACGCCUGGUCCGGCUACAACGUGUGCGCCAGUUACGACAGGAAGGAGUGGUUCCGGGUGCCCACCACGUACGACAAGGAGGCGGGGGUGCUCCACUGGGCGCACACGCCCGCCAAGGGCGCCGUCUUCUACGCCUUCUUUGCGCCCUACACAUACGAGCAGCACCAGAGCCUGGUGGCGGAGAUGCAGUGCCACGAAAACGUCACGAUGGAGAUGCUGGGCGAGACGCUGGAUGGCCACGACCUGGACCUGCUGCGCAUAGGGGAGGACACCGAGGAGAAGCGCAAGAUCUGGGUGCUGGCGCGGCAGCACCCGGGAGAGAGCAUGGCGGAGUACUUUGUGGAGGGCCUGCUGCGGCGCCUGGUGGACCGCCACGACGCCACCUCCCGGGCCCUGCUGCAGCAAUGCGUGUUCUACGUCGUGCCCUGCAUGUGCCCAGACGGGGUCUUCCGCGGCCACCUGCGAACCAACGCGGCGGGGGCCAACCUGAACCGGGAGUGGGCCAGCCCCAGCAUGGAGGCCAGCCCCGAGGUGCUGCUGGUGCGCAACGAGAUGGAUGAGGUGGGGGUGGACUUCAUGGUGGACGUGCACGGCGACGAGGCCAUGCCGUACAACUUCCUGGUCGGCAACAGCGGCAUCCCGAGCUGGGACGAGCGCCUGGCGGGCCUGCAGGCCGACUUUGGGGCCGCCUUUGCCGCCGCCUCCCCAGACUUCCAGAUCAAGUACGGAUACCCGUCGGCCGCCGCCGGCAAGGCCAACCUCAGCAUCUGCAGCAAGCAGGUGGGCGAGCGCUUCAACUGCCUGUCCUUUACCCUGGAGCAGCCUUUCAAGGACAACGCAGACCUGCCAGACCCGGAGCAGGCAAGCAGGCAGCCGGGAGGAGGAGGGGCAGGGGGCAGGCUUGCCGGCGGUAGCAAGCGCAUGCUGCGGCACCGAUGGUGA